GUUUGCAUGUUUUGUAACCGCUUGUGAUUAUUAUCAGAGUCAUGAAUGUUCCACAGCAAGUGUGGCUUAACUUCUUAAAUGAGCUACAUUUGAAUCAUAGGCCCACAGCUCAGUACGUUAUAAAAGGUGUUUUAUGGUGACUUAAACUAAAGAAGAAAGGAUAUAAAUAGUCAUUUUCAAUGGAGCGUGAUGAUCUUGUGAAACACACCGGGGGUUGUCACUGCGGGGCGGUGCGCUUUGAGGUGUACAGUGCCCCAGAUUUACAUGUGUUCAAUUGCAAUUGCAGUAUUUGUACAAAGAAACAGAAUCGUCAUUUCAUUGUGCCACAAUCCAAUUUUACCUUGCUGCAGGGUUCAGACAACCUAACCACUUACACAUUUAACACGCACAUGGCAAAGCACACAUUCUGCAAAACAUGCGGUGUCCAAAGUUUCUAUACUCCACGAUCUAACCCUGAUGGAUUUGGUGUUGCGCCCCAUUGUUUGGACCCUGGAACGGUGAGAAGUGUAACAGUGGAGGAUUUCUGUGGAGAGAACUGGGAGGAAAGUAUGAAGAAGCAUCAGACUAUUAAAAGCAUGUCAAAACCAACAAGGGAUGUAUAAUUCAAAUGUCUCCGAUGAGCACUUGGAACCCACUAUUUAUUCUCUGAAUACUUCUCUGAAAACUGUGAUCAAAUAAAACACGAGAACCUAUCACACAA